AUGGAAGAAGCUCUCAUGGAAAUGGAUGACUAUAAUGAGAGGCAGGUUGUGCCCGAUACUCUUUCGUUUGCUAGAAGCUAUCAACUUGAAGCACUAGACAGAGCGAUUCGUGAAAAUACUAUAGUGUAUUUAGAGACUGGUUCUGGAAAGACUUUGAUUGCAAUUAUGCUUCUUAGAAGCUAUGCUUAUUACCUCCGAAAGCCUUCUCCUUACAUUGCAGUUUUUUUGGUUCCCAAAGUUGUACUGGUUUCACAAGUAUGCUGCCACUUUUAUGAUGGCUUUUGCAUAUUUGAGAUACAUUAUGAUUAA